AUGUUUGAAUUAAAAGUAGAAAAACCAUUAAAUGUAUCGAUUUAUAGCUCCAAUUUAGAAUUAAUAAAUUCAAAUUUGAUUGUAGCAGUACAUCCAAAGACUACAAUUCUCAGAUUAUUACAAUAUGUGCAUUAUCAAUUGUCAUUGAACCAUUAUGAAAACAACAGUAUUCAGUUGGAGGAUGUAGCGGCCUACUGUUUGAAACUCGAGGAACAAACAGUUCCAUUAGAGUCCUCAAUAGAGUCUCUUAUCACUGAUAAUACAUUAUCACAUAUAUCGAUGUCGUUUGAACUAUCUGAGGCGAAAUCCUUCAGCGCCUUGAAUUUACAAUAUGAUCCCGUCACGGAUUUUGGCAUUACUAAUAUCAAAUACGAAGUCAAUAUUUUAUCCAAAUAUAAAUUUCUUCAUAAUAUAGAAUAUCAAAUUCCAUUGGAUACAAAAGUUUCCAGGUUGGAAAAAAGUGCUUUGGAACAUUUGAUAUAUGAGGAACAGUUUUUAAACCACGACAACAAAUGUCACUUGGGUCAUGAGCAUACAGUAGAGAGUCUCGUAGCGUUAAAAUUAAACGGUGAAAGUGAUGUUAUUCAAUUAACAGAAGAAACAAGAUAUUUUUAUAUGGAUCUCACUCUAAAGGAUUUAUUACACAUUGAUUUUGCACCUUUAAAGGAUAACGUAUUUACAAUAAUGGUUUAUGCUAAACACGAACAAAAUAUCGCUGAUCUACAAGAUAUUCAUAUGAUAGAGCUGAUAUCUAAUUCAAAAUUGUUUCAAAAGUACAUGCUUCUGGAUUCCAGAACUAGCGUUGGAGAAGUACGUCAAUUUGUUUGUGAUGUUUACAGUGCAUCACAAACAAUUUCUCCUAAAGAUGUGAAAUUGAUAUAUAAGGGCCAAUUAGUUCACGAUAAGAAUUUUGCUGAAAAUGAUGCUAGAAUACUAAGUUGUAUCGAUAUGAGGCACGGUGCCCAACUCCACGUACAGGUGACUGAACAACAAACUUAUGGCUUAACUGAUUCAUUUUGGAAUGAACCGGGACUUGUCGACGAUGUGCCAAACCAAGUACAUCAAAAUAACACUCCAAUAUCAUCUGUGAAUGAAAUUCCAGGAUUGGAUACUCCAAUUGCCAUAAAUAUUAAUGAGGAGACCAAACCACAUUUUGUCACAGAAUCUGGGAGACCGAUAAAUGUGUCAUCAGAUAUGAUAGCUACUUACGGUGAUUACAUAGAGGGUUCCUUGGAAGAUGGCUAUGGUAACUCUGAAGAAGUGCUUGUUUCUGCUGAUAUAUUAAACAAAACACAAGGAAAUAUACUUAUUGGAGACCAUUUAGAGGUGAAUGUUUCAACAGAUGGUCAAGAUUAUAUUAUUGAUAGAAAACAAAAUGUGUUAAGAAUAAAUCCACAGACGAUCGAACAGAUCGAAUCACUCACAGGUAACUCAAUUAUGUAUCACGGAGUAACAAACAAAUUUCCUCAAGUCGAUAAUGACAGUAAUAGUGGGCUAUCAACAAGGAUAAGAGAAUUGUUAAAUAAUGAACUCAAUGAUCCUGAAAUUCUUCAAAGAAUGGAAUUAUUAUUCAACCGUCAAACUUCAUUGCAAAGAUUCCAGGGGUUAUCUAUAGGACAAAAAAUCAUAUUUAGUGUUAAGAAAUUAUUUCAAUUUUUAAAGGUUUGUUCAUUAACUGUGGUAUAUUUAAUAUGGUAUAUGUUUCUUCCUAUAGCGGCUACAAUCGAGGUUGGAUUUUUCUUACCUCCAUUUCUUACAAUAUCAAUCCUUAUAGUCUAUACUAUAGUAAUGUUUUUCCGUUCGAAUAAAAUCAUUGAUAUGUGGACUGAUUUCUUAGAGUUACUAAUAUUAAAUGAAGAGGAUUAUAAGAGAGUAAAAUUGUUUGUAUUACCAGAAUAUACCUCAAUAAGAACUUUAAGACACGAGGACCAGGUCAAUAGUAGUCCGAUGCCUAAAAAAGUAUAUGAAAAAAUUCAAGAGAAACCUUCAUUAUAUUCAUUAUUCUUAUUAUCUGCAUUAGAUGAUGUACGUCAUUCAUUAUAUGACCAAUACCAAAUUAAUCAAAUGGGGAAUAUGACCGAAGAUGAUUCAUUAAAGGAAUUAUUUCGUCAAAUCAAGACAGGAGCAGUUGAAAUCAGUGACGCUAAUAGAAUGUUAGAGAUUCUUUUCAUGAUCCAUGAGUUGCAAGCAUUUGAAAAUAAACAACAGGAGAAUGAUUUUUAUAGAGUGUUAGCUAUUAUUAAACAACAAGCUGAUCUUCAAAAUCUUGAAGCUGUGGAACCUGUCAGACGUAGUAUCAUUAUAGUUAGAAGAAGAGCAGAAGAAUUGCCUAAUUUAAUUGCAGAAUAUAUUGUCCCAGAUCCACUUAGAGAUGACUAUGUAAUGGCUGUUACAAAGAACAUUGUCCUAUGUCUUGUAUUAUUCCUACCAUUUUCCUCUCGUUAUGUUGAUGUUGUCAUCCAAAGACGAGUUGACGAACGUACAAGGGAAAGAUUACAAAGAGCUCGCGAAGAUCAAGAACAUGAUUUUGAACAAGUAAACUCUGAUCAUGAUAAUACUACUAUUAAUAAUGGUGAGGAUAGCGAAGGUAUCACUGAACUAGACCCUGCCGUCAUCGAAGAAAUUGCACCUGAACGUGGAGAACUUGACAGCAUCGGUGACCUUUCACCAGAGGAAGAAAUCAUUGAAGAUAUACUUACAAAUGGUGAUGAAGGUGAUGAUAUUGUGAAUGCAACUGGUGCAAUGUUCCAUACACAGUCGUAA